UUUCCCCUUCCCCCCAUCCCCGACCAACCUUUUAUACACUCGACUUAGAUUAAAUUGAACGACUAUCCAGAGUCAUAGCAACAAAUAUCACCAUGGCGACGCCCGGUCUUCUCUACGUGACCAUGCAACCCCGCGAUUCCCUCCCCCCGGCCCAGUUCCACGACUGGUACAACACCGAGCACGGUCCGUUACGUCUCCGUCUACCCUUCGUCACGAAUGGCUUCCGCUAUCGUGCCGUCGACGGCAUCGAGCCCGAGUGGCUGGCUCCGUACGACAUCACUGACAUGGUGGAGUUGACGCGCGAGACGUACUUGGCUCUCCGCGGAGAUGGUGUGAAGACCCCGCGCGAAAAGGCCACCAUGGCCCAGAUUGCCGUCGAUCGCCGUCUUUAUGACCUUAUUGAUGAUCAGAAAUCCUCAGCUUAUACACCACUCGAGGAAAUACCCGACACCGAAGCUGCCGGCUCCGUACUCGUCUCCGUCUUGCUCACUGUUCCCGCCGACGCAACCAAGGAAGAGGACCUAAACCGCUGGUACCGUGAGGAACACAUCCCCAUGCUGGCACGCGUGCCGGGCUGGCGUCGUAGCCGCCGCUUCAUCACAUCGUCGAUCGAUCCCAAGGCACCCCGGGAAUUCCUGGCCCUGCACGAGUACAGCGCGAAAAAUAGCUUGGAGGGCCCCGAACACAAGGCCGCCAUGGACACCCCGUGGCAUAACCGCAUCAUGAGCGAGACUGUCAGAGACAAGAAGAGGCGCGUGUAUCAGUGGGCCUACACCUUUGGCCCGGCUCCACGCGAGUUGUCGUCCUUAGCGUCCAAGGAUGUUGUGGGGCCCUGGGCUUCAAACGACGGUCGCACCAGAACGUUCCCUUCGCCCGCCCGGCCGGCAGUUGAGUCCUUUGUCACUACCCCCGAUGGCGUAGACCUCCCAUACCGCCUAGAGGGCAGCACCGAUCCCCACAGCCCUGUCAUCGUUCUUAGCAAUUCCAUCCUGGUCGACUAUACCGUCUGGGACGACUUCGUGGAUGCAUUCAUUUCCAACCCUAAAAACCAGCAUUUCCGGAUCCUCCGGUAUCUGACCCGCGGCCGUCUCCGGGAAUGCGGGGAAAAGUCCGUCAACAUCGAUCUUCUGGCGUCAGACAUCGUCGCACUCCUUGAUGCUUUGCGCAUCCCCAAGGCGACUCUGAUUGGUGUAAGCCUGGGUGGCGUGACCGUGCUCAACACCUCGCUAUUAUAUCCGGACCGUGUGACACGCUUCAUCGCCUGCGACACAAACAGCUCGGCCCCCGAAUCCAACCGCAAGGCCUGGAACGACCGUGUCGCCCUGGCCGAGAGCGACGGCGCAGUCUUCCCCACCACCCAGGAACCGAUUAUUGGCGAGCAGCUGUCCGAAGCGACCACGCGUCGGUGGUUUGUACCUGAAUCGUACGAGACGCAGCCGGAGGUUCCCGCCAAGGUCAAGGAGAUCGUGCGCAACAAUAGUCUGGACGGGUUCCGCAAGGGCGUGCAGGCGCUCUGCGCAUAUGAUGUCCGGGACCGCAUGGCUCGCGCGCAGGUUCCUGGACUGUUCGUCGCCGGCGAGGGCGAUGGUGUACUACCCAAGACAAUGCAGCAGAUGGCCAACGAUCUGAAGGGUGGCGCUGAGCUAAAAUUGAUUCCCAAGGCAGGACAUCUGCCCAUGACUGAGCAACCGGCGGCCUUCACUGAGGUUGUUAACGAAUACCUCCACUCAUAGAUAGACACUCAAUCCAGAGUAAAAUUUUUCUUCUUUCGUUCAGUUAACAUUCAUCUAUCAUAUCAUACAGAGCUAAAAUCUAAUAAACAAGCCAAAAAAAAUUGACAAAGAAAAAACAGAGGAAAGAUUAAUAAGUAUUCUAUAAAUGCUCCCUAACAGUCUCAGACUGUCCAGACGUACUCGUCUGCGUGACCUCAAACGUCCGAUGAAUACCCAGUCCCAUUUCGCCCCCGAUAGCCGGCAACGCUGGCGACCCCUGCGCCGUCAGCCGUUCCUCGCUACUAUUCGAACUCGACGCCCCAUGCCACGUCCCAUUCUGGUCCUGACUAUGCACCGUCGUCACCGUUAUGGCCAAC